UAUAGUAAUUCCAUCCCCGAACAGAGGCCGAUUUCUCUCGGUCACCCUUUUAUAUACUCUCUCCGACGAAAAGGCCCCUCUUUUUACCGAUCGCUCUCCUCCUUCAUCUCUCUCUCUCUCUCUCUCUAUCCAUCAAUUCCAACGGCCAUGGCAGAAUUCGAAGCCAACCACGUCGAAGACGACGAGAUCUCCAAUGCCAACAACAACAACAACCACGGCUGGCAGAAGGUCACCUAUCCCAAGCGCCAGCGAAAGCAUCCCACAAACCCAUCGGACCCCGCAAAGCUCCCCGCCAACGGAUCGGGCCCCGCCGGAACCGGAUCCGGCGCGGUUUUCCGAUCGCUCGAGAAACACUCGGAGGAGCGGCGCAUGCGGUUGCAGGCUCAGAGGGAAGCAAUCGUCCAGUCGGAGGCUUCGACGAAACCGAAGGUCCGAUCCGAUGAUUACGAUGAUGAUGACGAUAGUGAUGAUGUCGAGGUCGUUCGAAACGGCGCCGCUGCGGACGAGAAGAAGGCGAAGGUGAAGAAGGUUAAGAAGCCGAGGGUGACGGUGGCCGAGGCGGCCGCGAAGAUCGACGCGGCUGACCUGGCGGAGUUCCUCCUCGAGGUUUCGGGGUCGUAUGAGGCGCAACAGGAUAUACAGAUGAUGCGAUUUGCGGAUUAUUUUGGCCGCGCGUUUGCGGGGGUGGGAGCGGCGCAGUUCCCGUGGGCGAAGUUGUUCAGGGAGUCUACCGUUGCGAAGAUUGCUGAUAUCCCUGUAACUCAUAUUUCUGAAGCUGUUUAUAAGACAUCAGUUGACUGGAUCAACCAGCGAUCGUCUGAGGCACUUCAGUCGUUUGUUCUGUGGUCACUAGAUAGCAUUCUUGCUGACCUACCAAGCCAACACGCAAGUGUUAAGGGCUCCAAAAAGAGUGUGAAUCCAACUUCAUCAAAAUCUCAGGUUGCUAUAUUUGCAGUUUUAGCUAUGGUAUUACGACGGAAACCUGAUGUUUUGAUUGGUAUACUGCCAACAUUGAGGGAAAAUUCAAAGUAUCAAGGACCAGAUAAGCUUCCAGUCAUUGUAUGGAUGGCAGCUCAGGCUUCUCAAGGAGAUCUGGCUGUUGGAUUGUACUCGUGGGCACACAACCUCUUGCCUAUAGUUGGUGGCAAAUCAAGUUGUAAUCCGCAAUCAAGAGAUUUGAUUUUGCAGUUGGUGGAAAGAAUUUUGUCUAGCCCGAAAGCUCGUAUGGUUUUGGUAAAUGGGGCUGUCAGAAAAGGGGAGCGCUUGUUACCACCUUUGUCCUUAGACUUGCUGAUGAAAGUAGCAUUUCCUGCGUCUUCCGCUCGGAUAAAGGCAACUGAAAGGUUUGAGGCCAUAUAUCCCACUCUCAAAGAGGUGGCUCUAGCCGGUUCUGCUGGAAGCAAAGCCAUGAAGCAAGUUUCACAGCAAAUAUUGACUCUUUCGGUGAGAGCAGCUGGAGAAGGCAACCCUGAGCUGUCCAAGGAAGCAACGGCCAUUUCUAUCUGGUGCUUGAAGCAAAACUCUGAUUGUUACAAGCAGUGGGACAAGAUUUAUAUGGAUAAUGUGGAAGCAAGUGUUUCUAUUCUGAGAAAGAUAACCGAGGAAUGGAAGGAGUUUUCUGGGAAGCAGUCUUCUCUUGAUGCUCUAAAGGAAUCUCUCAAGAGUUUCAGGAACAAGAACGAGAAAGCAUUGGCUGGAGGGGAGGACUCUGCUCGUCAAUCACUUUUCAAGGAUGCAGAAAAGUACUGUAAGUGGAUACUGGGAAGGCUAUCUCGAGGCCAUGGGUGCUUCAAAAGUAUGACUUUUGCUGUUAUUGCAAUAGCUAUUGGUGCUGCUGUCAUGUCCCCAAAAAUGGAGUCCUUAGAUUGGAACAAAUUAUCUGUUUUGUUCACUCAGCAAUCCUUCUGAGUGUAACGACACCAGCAAUCUGCUUUUAACAAUAUUCGGCAUAGGCAAAGUAAAAUCCAAUUUGCCCCGCACAAUAAAGUGGCAAAGAGUGAGGUAUCUUUUUUAAAUACUUUUUAUGAGCCCCAUUGGGAUACUGAAUACUGAAACUAGAAAGGCUUGGAAUUCAACACCCCAUAGAAAGGUUCAAUGGUGUUGCAGUUGUAGGACUGAUUUGUUUUUGGUUUUUUUCUCUUCCUGCUGGUGUAGAUUUAUUUAUGUUUCUUUUGUUCAGAGCAUUUUCAAUACUUGUGAACUAAUGUUAUACAGAUGAAUACAUUCGUAUUCUGGGAUAAAUUAAUGUUGGUAAAGCCGCAGUGGAUUACUAUGAGAUAUCAUCUGUUGUUUAAAAA